GGAGGCUGAACCAAGGGCUGGAAGACACCCCUUCUGAUUUGGCAGCUGUGCCAGAGCAGAGCCUCCUCCAUUCACAACUGCCCCUACAAGCCCUACCCUGUUCCCACCAUCCUCCCCUGUAUCCUGAGUUACCUUUGGAGACCUUGGAGCUGAGCACCAUGGGGACUCCAAAUGACCAGGCGGUGCUGCAGGCUAUCUUCAACCCCAAUACCCCAUUUGGAGACAUCAUUGACUUAGACCUGGAAGAAGCAAAGAAAGAAGACGAUGAAGAUGCUGUUUUCCCUCAAGCACAGUUGGAGCAAUCCAAGGCCCUGGAGUUGCAGGGAGUCAGGGCAGCAGAGGCUGGGGACCUCCACACAGCCCUGGAGAAGUUUGGCCAAGCUAUCUGCCUGCUCCCUGAGAGAGCCUCUGCCUACAACAACCGGGCUCAAGCCCGGCGACUCCAGGGGGAUGUAGCAGGUGCCCUGGAGGACUUGGAGCGUGCAGUGACGCUGAGCGGCGGUCGGGGUCGCGCCGCCCGCCAGAGCUUCGUGCAGCGCGGGCUCUUGGCUCGUUUGCAGGGCCGGGACGACGACGCCCGCAGGGACUUCGAGCAGGCCGCGCGAUUGGGCAGCCAGUUCGCGCGGCGCCAGCUGGUACUGCUCAACCCGUACGCCGCGCUGUGCAACCGCAUGCUGGCAGACAUGAUAGGGCAGCUGCGCGCGCCCAGCAAUGGGCGCUGAGCGUGGCCGCGGGAUGAUGGAGAAGGGAACCCAGACCCAACCAAGACCCAAUAAAACUUCCUGGACUGCC